CGGAUGGUACCCUGAAGCUGUACCACUUCAUCAUCAUCGUCGCCGUCAUGUUGUCUCUCUUCUCGCAGAUGUCGUCAUUCCACUCGUUGCGUUAUAUCAACCUCGGGUCCCUGGUCCUAGCCUUCGGCUACACCAUCCUCGUAUCGGGCGCGUGCAUUCGGGUAGGUAUGAUGAGCAAUGCUCCGGUGAAAGAUUACUUACUGAUCCCCUCAAAGUCUGGGAAGAUGUAUGCCGCCUUCCUCUCCAUCUCCAUCCUAGCCACCGUGUUCGGCAACGGCAUCCUGCCCGAGAUCCAGGCCACACUGGCGCCACCGGUGGCGGCGAAGAUGGUCAAGGGGCUUGUGCUGUGCUACACCAUGGUCUUCUUCACCUUCUACCUGGCAGCCAUCUCCGGCUACUGGGCCUUCAGCAACACGGUGUAGUCCAACGCACUGCAGAGCUUGAUGCCGGACUCGGGGCCCUCGUUCACACCGACGUGGCUGCUAGGCCUCGCCGUCGUGCUUGUCCUCCUUCAACUCCUGGCCAUUGCACUGGUGUCUGUGAAUGAGAUCAUGGAGAAGGGGUCGGCGGACACAGGCCAAGGGAGGUUCUCGUGGCGGAACCUGGCGUCGCAGGUGGUGCUGCAAACCUUGUACGUUACGGCGUGCACGUUUGUGGCGGCGGCGUUGCCGUUCUUUAGGGACAUCGUCGGUGUGCUCGACGCCAUCCCCCCCCCCCCCCACACACACACACACACAUGGUCUCGAAUUGGGUAGCCCGUACUAUCCAAACGGUUGAAUUUUAGGCAGCCCGUUGGAUGCCUAUUUGAUGUUCAAACACACCCGAACGUAUGAACGAGAAAUGAGCUUCGACUUUGGAGACGGACUUAAUUAUUGUUGAUUCAUUUAUGUACAUUGUAGCAUGUAGCAACGCACAAGCGUUCUACUUUAAUCAUUUAUUAACUUGCUCAAACGUAUGGAAGCUGUUUUUAUUAUAUUUGCUGAAACAUCGUGCGAAUGAAGCUAAAGACAACUUUUCUGAUAUUGUGCGGAAUUUCUUAACUGCAUCAAGUAGAUCUUAAUAAUUUAUAAUAGAUUUUUUGUUGGACCAUCGCUUCAUAUGUACAUCGUCAAUUUGCCAUUUUGUUAUCAGUUUACAUUACAAGUGAAGUGGACUUAAUUAUUAUGCAAUUGUGACCGUGUUAUAUUGUCUCUACCUGUGAAAUUUAACAUGCAU